ACGUGCCUCUUUCUCCUUGAGUCAUCCAACAUGGCCGCCAGCAAUUACUACGGCUAUUCUUCGGGAGGACAACACACGCAGGGUUUUACUCAAGCUCAGAAUCCAUCGAUUCAAACCAGUUAUGGAACACCCCAAGGAACUACUGGUUACGGAGUUCAAGCUUCUGCUCCUGCUGGAGGGCACUAUGUUCCCCCACAAAAUCAAGCACCUAGACAAGUCGUACAAGCGCCUUACUCAGCUGGCACAACUGCUUAUGCUCAACAAGGAUCUUCCGCGCAAGGAGGUGCUUAUGGCUAUACGGCAAGACAACAGGACGCUCCGCCACCACCGCCACCGGCAAAUGCCUCUUAUCAGGCAGCUCACGGCGCUUACCAAGCACAUCACGGUUCAGCUCAAUACUACGAUCGCGAGGCCUACGAAACCAAGGCGUCUUAUUAUUCGCAACAGCCGUCCACGAACGUACAGGGCGGACAAAAUGCUUAUUACGCUCAGAACACUACUGGGGCAGCCAAAGCAGCUUACCCAACGUCUGGAACAAAUGUUUAUCCGACAUCAGUGAGCGCUACUCCGGUUAUUGCGAAAACUCAUCCGACCCAAGCUUACUCAUCUCAAUCGUCCACUGUGGCUUAUCCGUAUUCUAACGCUCGUACACAGACAACCGCUUACGGCCAAACAAGUUCGUACAACACUUCAAGUUAUGGUGGUUCCUCAACUGGGAAUGCUGCAAAUUACCAACCUCAAGCUUACGAGGCAGCUGUCUAUAACGCCGCCGCGGCCUUCGUUCAACAACAACAUCAUCAACAGACACCACAACGGCAAGGGUGGAAAAAUAAGAUCGGAGCCGGUCAACAGAAACAGCAGAUGAUGAAGCCUAAGCCACCGCCGAAACAACCUCAACUUCAUUACUGCGAUGUUUGCAAGAUUAGUUGUGCUGGACCACAGACAUACAGAGAACAUUUAGAGGGUCAGAAACAUAAGAAGAAGGAACAAGCUGCCAAGCAAAAAGAAAAGGAAUCCCUUCCAUCUAAUGCAUAUCGUUGUGAGCUUUGUGAUGUCACUUGUACAGGGACUGAUGCAUUUGCCGCCCAUCUUAAAGGUUCAAAACAUCAGAAGGUUGUGAAACUACAUCAGAAGCUCGGUAAACCAAUUCCUGAACCUGCACCACUGAAACCUCCAGAACCCAAGGAGACCAAAGAAAAUAGUGACAAGAAAGCUGGCAAUGGGAACAAAGGAGCUAUGCGAAAACAGCCUCCAAAGAAGAUGGCUGCUCCUAAGAUCACUUUUGUUGGUGGCACAAAGCUAACUUCCACAGGACUUGUCAAGAGUGAGGCUGGGUCCACAAAUGCUGGUGUUUCUGCUGGUACCUCUACUGCUGGUACACCAGUGGGACAAGAUGCUGAAAUGGAAGAGGAGAAAUUUGACUUGGCAAAUUUUACAGGGGUUGAUAAGAGCAAGAUUGUUGGAGGAGAAUAUCUAGAGGAAGUGAAAAAUGAUGAGGGGAAAGUUAUCAGCUUCCACUGCAAAUUGUGUGAGUGUAAGUUCAAUGAUCCAAACGCCAAAGAAGCGCAUCUUGCAGGACGCCGACAUAGGCUAUCUUAUAAGAAAAAAGUUCAGCCUGAUUUGGUGGUUGAUGUUAAACCUGGUGGCCGUGGCCGUCUCAGCAAAGUGCAAGAAGACAAGUUUCGUCGACAGUGGGAACAAGAGCAAUACUGGCAAUGGAAAAAGGGUAGACAUGAAGAAGAAUUACGCCGUUGGGAGGAAGAGGAGUAUUACAGAAGAGUAGAAGAGGAAAGAUUCUGGGAAGAAGAAAGUCGUCGCCGUUUUGAAGCAGAAUUCUUUGAAUGGGGUCCAAGUCGUAUGGGUCCCCCAAGAGGUCCUCCAGGGCCAAUGGGACCACGCCCUCUCAUGGAAGGAGUUGGUGACAUGGGGCCGCCCAUCCCACGUCCAAGGUAUGAUACUCCUGAUGACCGCCUAGUGAUGGCGAAACAUUCUGCAAUUUAUCCCAAUGAGCAAGAGCUACAGGCAGUCCAGAAGAUUGUGUCUUCCUCAGAGAAGGCUUUAAAGCUUGUGUCAGAUCUGAUUGCUGAACAAGAUCUUUCAACACAGCCUAAGAAAGAAGGGGAAGAAAUAAAAGAGGAAGUGAAGAUGGAGGUGAAAGAGUCGGAUGAGAGCAGUGAUGAGAAAAAAGAAGAUGAGGAGAAGAAAGAUUCCAGCAAACCCUCUUCCCCACCCCGAGCUCUUAAAGGUGUUAUGAGAGUUGGUGUGCUUGCAAAAGGCUUAUUACUUCAUGAACGCCUUGAUGUUGAUUUGGUUGUGCUUUGUCACGAUAAACCAACAAAGAUGCUUCUGAACAGAGUAGCAGACCUCCUGCCAGCACAUCUUGCAAAAGUGACAGAAGAGAAGUAUGAUCUCAAGGUAGUGCCUGAGGAAGCUGCCAUGAAAAUUUCUACUGCAACUGACCCAAAAGUGGUGGUUACCAUCACUCUGACAUCACCUGUCAUGCGCGAGGGGGAGGAGGCAGAACACGCUGAAGAUGAUCCUCAAGUGCUGGACAGGCCAAAAUGCUUAGCUGCAUUGGCAUCGCUACGACAUGCUAAAUGGUUUCAGGCCAAAGCAAACGGCUUGCAGUCUUGUGUCAUCAUUAUACGCGUCAUGCGUGAUUUGUGCCGAAGAAUACCGGCUUUUUCUCCUCUCAACAACUGGGCGAUGGAGCUGUUGGUGGAGAAGGCGCUUAGCAGUAGUCAGCAGGCGCUGGGACCUGGAGAAGCUUUCCGCCGCGUGUUAGAAUGUAUUUCUAGUGGACUUCUCCUAGAAGGUGGACCAGGAUUGAGUGAUCCUUGUGAGAAGGAAACUAUUGAUGCUCUUGGUACUGUUUCAAUGCAAGAAAGAGAAGAUCUGACGGCUUCAGCACAGCACGCCCUUCGACUAACAGCUUUCCGACAACUUCACAAAGUUCUCGCGAUCGAUCGACUCCCGCCCCAAUCAAAGUUCCGACGCAAUCGCGGAAGAAGCUUUAAGAGAAGGCGCGAAGACAGUGGCCAGGGGGAGGAAGGAGCCAAGAAAGAGAAAAAAGAGGGGGAGGGGGAGAGUGGCGGAGAAUCGAGCAUGGAAGUAUCCUCUGCGGGUGGUGCUGAGCCCAAGGCCGAUAACAAGACGUAAUUAUCAGACAACUUGAAACGAUCACUACGAGAAAUUCUAAGAAGCACCAACGAAGAUAUAUGCAAGAGCUGAAAGUUAUUGUACUUUGUUUUAACUUAAAGGAGUUCGCUCAAUUGUUGUUGAAAUGCAAACAAUGUUAUAGAGUUGGCGCUCGUCAGUGUUAACGUGUUCGAGUUAGAUGCUUGUUAACAACUUUGCUCCCCGUUUUUGUGGACAGUUAAGACAUGCUUGGUAAGAAUGUUAAUUUCAUGAAACAAAAUGACUUAAAAAUAUUACAGAAAAUUAAAGAGAAGUUGUUCAGCCAGAA